GAGAAUAAGUGUUGCCAUUCAGACCUUAACGUAAACCUGUUUCCCCGUCAGAAAAGCAGAGCAUCCUGGUUCAAAAUGUCCCUCAAGCUGCCACGCAACUGGGAUUUCAGCCUGAAAAUGGACACAGCAAAAAUAGCCCGCUCCAAGAGUGUGAUGACUGGUGAUCCCAUGGCAUCCUGCCACAGACCGGCCUCCAACAACCCACUGGAGCGGCCCCUAAAGAUUGGCUGGCUGAAGAAGCAGCGCUCCAUCGUCAAGAACUGGCAGCAGAGGUACUUUGUGCUGAGGGGCCAGCAAUUGCUCUACUACAAGGAUGAGGAGGACGUCAAGCCCCAGGGCUGCCUGUUUCUCCAGGGAAGCACUAUCAAGGAGGUAGCCACCAACCCAGAGGAAGCAGGGAAGUUUAUCUUUGAAAUCAUCCCAGGCACCUCAGGAGACCAGAAUCGACCAGGGCAAGAUUCCUAUGUGCUGAUGGCUAAUUCCCAGUCCGAGAUGGAAGAAUGGGUUAAGUCAAUCCGAAGAGUGUUGGGAUCGCCAUCUGGAGUGGUGUUUGGCCAGCGCUUGGCUGAAACUGUGACAUACGAACAGAAAUUUGGGCAGCACCAAGUUCCCAUCCUGGUGGAGAAAUGUGCGGAGUUCAUACGGGACCAUGGCAUGAACGAGGAGGGCAUCUUCCGACUGCCUGGGCAGGACAACCUGGUGAAGCAGCUGAGGGAUGCAUUUGAUGCUGGAGAGCGGCCAUCUUUUGACCGAGAUACUGAUGUACAUACAGUGGCAUCUCUGUUUAAACUCUACCUGAGGGAGCUCCCGGAGCCAGUUAUACCUUGGAUGCAAUAUGAAGGUUUUCUCUUAUGUGGUCAGCUUCUGAAUGCAGAUGAAAUGAAGGGUCAUCAGGAGUUAGAGAAGCAACUGUCCCUCCUUCCCCGAGACAGUUACAACCUCCUCAGCUAUAUCUGCAGGUUCCUACAUGAAAUACAGCUCAACUCCAGCGUCAACAAGAUGAGUGUGGAUAAUCUGGCAACUGUGAUUGGAGUGAAUCUCAUCAGGCCAAAGAUAGAAGACCCUGCUAUUAUUAUGCAAGGCACACCCCAGAUCCAGAAGGUGAUGACCGUGAUGAUCAGUGAGCAUGCCAAUCUCUUUCCCAUGUCUAAAGAUGUGCCUCCAUCUCCACCCGCGCAAAAGAAUGAUUCCAAGAAGGCCCCCAUACCACGCAGCUCUGUGGGCUGGGAUGCUGCAGAAGACCCACCAGCAGCUAAGCCAGACACAUCAACCAAGGGCCAAACAAGAGAAAACGUAGAUGUCAGCAGUUCCACUGCUUCUGGAGAAACUGCCAGGUUAGGCAUAGCUGUGGAGGAUAAUUGUGUGAACCAACCCACAGAUACUUUAGGAAUGUGGAAAGCACAAUCGAGGAAAAGAACUCAGACCCUCCCCAACAGGAAAUCUUUCCUAACUUCUUCCUUCAAAGGGGAAAAAGCCAGCAAUGAUAAAAAUAACAUAUUCAACAGUGAAUUUUGGAAAUUUUCUGCAGGGAGCCCACUUUCUCCCCUUUCUCCAACAGAGGGACAUAAGAGAACAUUGUCUCAAAGCCUUUUUAGGCUGAUUGACACUCAGCGUGCUUCAACCUAUGAUAAUGUACCUACAUCUCAGACAGAAAGUGGGGAAUGCACUAGCCUGCCAAGCACAGCAAGCAGCAGUUCUGAGAGAGAUUUUUUAUCAAGCCAAAGCCCUAGCCAUGUGCACAAGGAGACAUCAAGUCCAGCCACUGAUCCUAAGGACUGUUGCUCUGAUCAGGAGGAUCACGAAAUCCUACAGCUAAAAAAAGAAAUGGAGAUGCAGAAAAGGGACUAUGAGGAACAAAUUAAGAGCCUCGAGAAGGAAAACUAUGAUGUCUGGGCCAAGGUGGUUAGGCUGAAUGAAGAACUCGAGAACGAGAAGAAGAAGUCUGCAGCACUGGAACUGAAGCUUCGGAAUGAGGAGCGCUCACGGGAAGACGUAGAGAAGAGGAACAAGGUGCUAGAGCAGGAGAUCCAAGACUUUGUCAAAUCUAUGAGUAAUCCAGAAGCCAAAAGCAAAUAAGAGUAUGGCCGCAGAUGUGCACAUGCAGAGUGGAGCUGCAGAGUGUAUAAUCUUCCCACUUCAGAGAAUAUAGGAACUGUCAGACUGGAUCAGAGAAAGGGUCUGGGUAGCCCAGCAUCCUGUCAUUGAGAGCGGCCAGCAUCAGCUGCUUCAGGGAAAGGGGGAAAGUUCCUUUCUCACACCCAGAAGUUAUGGUUGGUUUGUGCCCUGCUGCAGGAGGUUUGCAUCGUUUUCAAAGCUCCUCUUCCCUUUUUUGUUGAAAUCCUGCUCUGGAUAUUCAUGUUGUCCCUAUAAAUGGCUAUUCUUUUUUCCUUGGUCUGACUAAUAUCCUGUGGCUAGUAGUUCCACAGAUUAAUUGCACAUGACCUAUGGAGGUCCCUUCCAGCCCUACUUCUCUAUGACACACAGCCCUAGAUUCUAUGAUUCUGUGACAUCUUUUUAGUGGUAGCCCUGAAGAAAUCCCCUUCAGUGGCUUCAGUGUAGAAAAACCAGUCUGAAGGCUGAGUUCUUCUCUGGUGUACAUCAUUGCAAUUCCAGAUUUAUGCUGAGGCAGUGUACUUCAGUACUGGUAUAUCAAGCUACUCUCUGCCAGCAGUGCACACACGGAGUUCAGCAUAAAGACUGAGGCCUUAUAUUUUCAGUUUGACUGCUUGUAAAUCUGUUGCUUUUUCUGCUGCAUUUUCAGCUGAUCAUCAGUUAGUCAGCUUCUCUCACAAGCAAGCCCAGCUCUUGAAUGUGACCAGGACUUUUAUGCUGCUAGAGGCUUUAUGUGUAAGACACAGGUCAAUCAUGUGUUCACUAGACAAACACAUGGGAUUGAUGGGCUACAGUACAAAAAUGUGCUUUGGAUGGGUGCCUUAAUGGAAAUAAUGCAAAAGAACUGAGGUAUGGAUUGGCUAAUUACUUUGGCUAAUUUGAAAUUAAACACCUGGAGCAAACUGAUCAGCUGGAGUAAAUCAGUGGUAGUUCCACUGCUGUCAACUGAGAGCCCUAUAUAUGGUAGAGUUAAAGGAACUACCUUGAUUGAGACCAGUUGAGCAUCUGGCCUCAUAGAUCAAAGAGUUGAGCUCAAACCAGGUUCAAGGUCUGCGUGGGAGAGACAGUAAAAAACAAAAAGGAGCAGAGAGGAAAACCACGCAGAGAGACUGCAUGAAAAAGAGUGGGUUAGGAGAAUGGGAAAAAUGCUAAAAAAAACUCAAGUUUUCUAUUCUGUGUGUGUGUGUGUGUAUUCCACUAGCUUCUGCUAGACUAGCUUUUGGAGAGUAAUUCUCACUCUAAAAUUGGGCUGAGCCUCUUUAUCCAGAAGCCUAAUGCCUUUAGUUUCUUUAAAUGUAAUUAACCUUGGUACAAACCUGGGUUUAAAGUACAGGGAACAGAAAGGUUCUUGAUGAAUGUCAAAGUACAAAUAUAGGGGCAUAGGUUGUAGCCAUAUUGGUCUAAGGACAUAGGUAGACAAGGUUCUUUGGGUAAAUAGAAAAGGUCCAUGGGGUUUACAAUGCCUUGGACUCCAGGGGCAUGUCUUUUGAGAGGAUCACUGUAAAGCAGAGCUUGCCUUCUCCAAGCACACUACAAUCUGAAGUGGAAGUAAUGUAGAGAGGCACCAGGCCCAUGAUAAUAAAUCCUAUGUGUGUACUGCUUCAACAAGGUGCUCCCUGUCAGGGCUCUUUGAUGUAGCUAUGCCUCAUAAGCUUCACCUAAACCUAGCAAGCGAACCUAAUGGCUCCCUCAAAAAAAACUUACAUGAGGGAAGCAAUAUUUGUUGGCCUUACUGGUCAAUGAAAGCUCAGUACAAUCAUUCAACAUUUGUGCUGUAUGUUCUGUUGGCCUGGUAUACUGUCACCCAGUUAGUCUUUCUGGGGGACCUGUGAACAAGCCAUAAUGUUUCUGUUUGUGUGUCAUCUGAAGUAAGCAUAGUUGCAUUAAGCUUCUUAAUUAAAAGCACUUGUUAUUUUUUC